UGUCAGUUAUGCUGUCAAUAGCGGACACCCAACUCCAGAACCAGACAAGUUGUGCAGAUGGAUACCAACUCAAAUAUACCUUACCGAUGUUUCACCAGUGUCCAAUGAAGAAUCAUGCCGAAAGGGGUCUGAUACAAACCAUACCGAAACUGAUCCCUAUUCCGACAAUUACCAAUAACUGUCCCAUAAGACAGAAUCGACUGGGAAUACUCGAGGGCAGGCGCGUAUGUAAAAUCCCAGAUUGUUCUGACGAAGUGUGUAAAAACGGCUGGUGCGAGGAAACUACAACGGGUUUUACAUGCCAUUCUUCAGAUGUUUCCAAUGAUUCGAUCUGUGAAAAUGACUCUUUAAUCGAUUCAGUGAGGCUACUUGGAGAUAACACCAAUGAAGGAGUAAUAAUGAUAUCCUCUCGUACCAUGAUCGGAAAUGCUACCACCUACAUGUUGAUAGAACAAGAUGGAUGGAAUUCAGAUGCGUCCCGACUGGUCUGUCAGUAUCUAGGCUUUGAAGGAGUCUAUGCAACCUUGAUUGGGAAACAUUUCAAUGUGUCAUCUUUGGAUAAUAACACCCAGUCAGCGAUCGUGGAAUGUCCCGAUAACGCUACUGCCAUCACGGAAUGCUGGUAUAAUGAAACAAGGGUUGGUCAGAUAGAAACAUCUAUCGGUGUCAUCUGCUGUUCGGUGAAUCGGGUUUGCAGGUCACCAGGUAAUCCAAUUACACAAAACAUGGCUUUCACACCGUCAACCUGCUACACUGGGUCUACGUGUAUCAAGGCAUCACGAUUGGGUGGCAUAGUAUGGUACCCUAAACCACAAGCGAAUUCGGAUGACAGUUCUCGUUGGAUUCAAGUUCGCUUUAUUAACUCAAUCCAUCUCAUCACUGCCGUUACUACGAAAGGAAGACGAUGGGGAGUGUCAUCCUACAUUGUCUCCUUCAGUCUUAAUGGGACAGGAUGGAAUGAAUAUUUGGACAACUAUUCAAAAUAUACCAAGAUAUUUCCCUGUAGUCCUGAGAUGAAUGAUGUGACACACGUCUUCGAGAAGCCUGUACUAUGUCGCCUCUUCAGGAUUCAUGUAAAGACGAUUAGAUCUUCUGCCAUGCUUAGAUUUGAGUUAACUGGGUACGACCAAGUAAAUGAUGCCCUGGCUUCUAUGAACCAAGAACACGGAUGUCCAUCUCCAAUCCAUGGGGAGCCUAUAGGGAUUCAAGAUGGCCGCAUCCCAGACUCUAGUGUGACUUGCUCAUCACUUUUGGACCCUCAUUUCAUUCAGAGGCUUAAUGCUACCAACACUGUCGGAGCUUGGAAAACUGAUUACAACAAUACGGAUAUGUGGGUUAAGAUUGAUAUCGGAAAGCCUUCUUAUGUCACCGGUGUUAUCGUUCAAGGGAGAGAUACACAUUACCAAUGGGUUACUUCUGUCUUUAUCUCAUACUCUAUGAAUGACAUAGAUUGGGUCUUUGCUUUGGAGCAAGAAUGUGGUACCCGAAAGGAAUACGCAGCUAACUUUGAUCAUUGUUCGCUAGUGACCAUACUGUUUCCUCGACCAAUCAACGCACGAUACGUCAAAAUACAUCCUAGAAAAUUUGAUAGACAAAUAUCCAUGAGAUUUGAAGUACUUGGUAUCCGACAAGAAUGAUGGAAUGAAUGAUAGUGAUACUAGCUGUAAUGUUGAUCAUUAACCGUAUCAGACAUCUGAGCAGGGCAACUUUGAUACAUUGUUGCCUGCUUAUGACUGG